UUGAACAAUUCAAUAUUGUAAAAAAAAGUUUGUAUUAUAAUUAUUGUAUUACGAUUAAUCGAUCGAAAUAUUUUUAUACAAUGGCGUUAAGAAGAAUGUCCAAGACCCUGCAGGUACCGUGGAUCGAACUGGCGAACAAUGCAAUCCAGAAGAAAUUCUUUCACACAUCUCCGGCCGUGUUUGGAGCAAAAAAAGUGGUUACGAGCAAUUUAGACACCAAGCGGGAGUGGAAUAGUUGUUUAACUAAAAGACUUAUUGGAGGCUCAAGCCGUGAGGAUGUAGCAAGACAUGCCUCUAUAUUCAAGGAAACCUUAGAUCAAGGGCGUAAAUCCAGGCUUCCGUUUAAUGUUACUCCUGGAUUGAAACAAAAUAGAGCAACGAUUGAAAUAGAUGAAAUGGCACAAACAUUGAGAGAAUUUGGCGGUACUGUAUCAGCUAAUGCAUGUGGUCUGUGUAUUGGUCAAUGGGAGCGCAAAGAUGUAAAAAAGGGUCUUAUUGGAAGCUGUACCAACUCAAGCUAUGAGAAUAUGGCCAGAUGUACCUCUAGAGCCAAGGAAGCCUUAGAUCAUGGGCGUAAAUCCAGGAUUCCGUUUAAUGUUAUUCCUGGAUCGGAACAAAUUAGAGCAACGAUUAUUGAAAGAGAUGGAAUUGCACAAACAUUGAGAAAAUUUUGCGGUACUGUAUUAGCUAAUGCAUUUAGUUGGUGUAUUGGUCAAUGGGAGCGCAAAGAUGUUAAAAAAGGUGAAAAAAAUACCAUUGUAAGUUCAUACAACAGAAACUUUACUGGACGUAAUGAUGCCAAUGCAGCAACUCAUGCCUUUGUCACUUCUUCAGAGCUAGUUACUGCUUUAGCCAUUGAAGGUCGUUUGGACUUUGAUCCCACAAAAGAUUCAAUCAAAGGAGCUGAUGGUAAAGAAUUUGAUCCAGCCGAUCCAGGUCAAAAUACUUACCAAGCUCCACCUACUGAUGGAUCAGCUGUGAGUGUGGUGAAAGGAAAAUGCACAACUGAUCAUAUUUCUCCGGCCGUCUCAUGGUUGAAAUACCUAGGUCAUUUGAAUAAUAUAUUAAAUAACAUGUUCUUUACUGCGGUAAAUUCAAAAAAUAAUGAAAUGAAUCAAGGAAUAUUAGCCCCGAAAUUUGCCAAUACAUCUAAGUAUUUUUACAAACUAUUAUUAUACCUUUUUAUACAGCUAUUAAAGAGUUCGUAUUUGAGGUCAUUACUCUUAUAUUAUAUUAUAGUACAAACCAUGAAUAAUUGUUCAUUAAUUAAUAUGAAAUUAGAAAUAACCAUUAAAAUCUAUGACACUCAGCAUUCACCGGAAAAUGAAAGUUCACUAGAGGACUCUCCAAACUCACGUGCAUUUACUACUUAUACUUUUAUUUUCGAAUAUAAUAGUACUCAAAUUUUAAAUUAAAAUCAUAAAGAAAAAAAAAUCAUAAAUCAUAAAGACUUAAAGAAACAGACAGGUUCUAUAAAUGUGUAUGCAGUUUUCCAAAUCUAAUAUCCAUCCAACAAAACCUGUAUUUCUAGAAUGAUUUACUAUAUUGAUUUCCUUGGAUAAUGCACAACCUUGCUUUUUAGUGAUUUCUUUAAGUGUCAAACUCAUUACAUAUGAUUUGAAUUGUUCUGUGAACUGUCCAUAUUUCUCUAAUGUUUUUAAACAUAAAGGUUUACCAUAAGGAGCCUUGCUAAAUUUAGUUCAGCUAUUUAAUAUAUCAAAAGCUCUGUUGAAGUAUUGACAAAAUUCAGUUGUUGCAAGAGCAUUAUUAUAUUCAGGAUUAGUGUUAUUGAGGUAUUUCAAAGCUGAACUCACACUUUCACUUAAUACUUGCACUGCUAACUUAACCCUCAUUUUUUCAUUCUGGUAAUGUAUAUGUCUGUUUGUCAAUUUUGUAGCUAAAUGUAAACCUUGAUCAUUUUGUUUUUCAUGAAGCAUUCUUAUAAAAUUCCAAUCUAUACAUUCUCCUUUAUCAUUGUAUAUUUUUUGUUUUUCUCUAAAACAGUUGCCAACUAAUUUCAUAAUGUGUGCUACAUCCCAAAUUAAAUAAAUUGGUUGUUGUGUAAUAGGGUGGUCAAUAUAAGCCUUCAUGUUUUUUGAAGAAAAAUUGGCUCCUAAUUUAGUGCACAUUGUUUUAUUUACAUCACCGAUUUGAAGACUACUGUGAGUUACGCGGAGUUACACAUGUUCUCAACUCUACACGUAGACCGCAAGCAAAUGGACAAGUGGAGCGUACUAACAGCACCAUUCUAGCUAUGUUGAUUUCUCAAGGUGAAGGAGUACAGUGGGACAAAUUGCUGUCGGAGGUACAGAAGCAGAUGAAUAAUAGCGAGUGUUGCCACGGUGCAUCGUUAUCGCUACUAUGCGAUAUGUCUGUAUCUCUCUCCCUUUUCUUCGUCCCCAACAAUUACAUUAGGUAUCUAUCACAGAUAUAUAAAAAUACUAGAUAGCCGACUUGGAAAUGAUUUUGAAGCCCACAAAAUGGCCGAAAUUCUCUUAUCUAAGAGGUAAAUGUUUACAUAUUCACAACACUGAUACAUUAUCAUUGUUAUCAAUUUAAUAUUUAUCAUUAGAAAAAAAAACUGAUGGAACUGCAUCAGUUUUUAAGUGUAAACGUUGCCCAUUAAUAUUUUUAAAAUCUGAGUAAGUGAAAUGUUUACUGCAUACCCUGAUAUAUUUUGUAGGAACAAAUCCUUUUAUUUGUAUAGCAUCUAUCCACUUUUUUGUUAUUUCUUUAUUUAAUAAAGGAAAACUAAAAAUCAAAAGAUAAUGUACCUAUACAUUUUAUUUAAAUAAUUUUCAAAAUGAUACUUACGAAAAAAAUUGGAUACCAUUAUUUGCAACUCUUUUACUGUUGCACUGCCAAACACAGCAAAAAUAGACCAUUUUGUAAAAAGAAUACUACUUUUACUAUAAAAAUCUAAAAUUUAUUAAUUAGAUGCCUACUUGUUUAAGAGAGCUAAUCAUUAUGCAUCAUCUUUUAAAAGAUUGGUAUGAUAAUAAAAAUGUGUAUAAUAUAGCAAUCUAUAAAUAUAUAUCCUUAAUAUGUUAGGUAUUAUAAUUAUAAUUAUUUAUUUUGGUCUUGCAUAAUUGAUUUAUUCAUAUAGGUUAUAAUAUUUGUAUUUUGGCAUAGGUAACAACUAAAAAUUAAUUAAUCAAAAUCAUUCUUAAUUAAAGCAAAUUGAAUUUUACUAAUUUAAUGAAUCAUGAGUUUAAGGUUUUAACUUUUAGUCAAACGUAUGAGCUGCAGAUUUAAUUACACUCUAUGUUUAAAGUUAAUACAAGUAAAUUCCAGCCUUCACCUAGUUUAUUUUCUUUUAUAUUAAAUUAAAUUAUUUGUUCUUUUCUUUGUUUACAUUAUUAUGUUGAAGUAUGACUUAGGAACAUAAACGUUUAUUUUUAUAUUUAGUUAAUUUAUUAAAUGAACUCAGAUCAACCAAAUUCAAGCAUGUGUGUAUUGGAUAAGCUUUAAACUUUUUUAUUAAACAUGUUUAUCUGCAUUGUAUUUCUCGUUUAUUAUAAUAAAUAAUAUUAUUAUUGUUAUUAUUAAUUAACUAAAAUAAUAAUAGAAUUUAAGAUAAUAAUUUUAUUUAUUAUAAUUAUAUAUUAUUAAUACAUUUUUAAUAGUUUUGUUUCCCGCCAUAACAUUAUUACGGUUUAUCACUUUAUCAUAAUAUAUAUUUUGUAAACAUUCACCUCUUAGAUAAGAGAAUUUCCGCCAUUUUGUAGGCUUCAUAAUUUUUACAUUACAGGAAUAGGGAGUCGUCUAUCUAGUAUUUUUAUAUAUCCGUGGUAUCUAUAUUAUAUUAUUACGUAAAUUAACUUAUCAUUAGUGUUAUCGUUGUCACUUGUCGUAAUAUUUGGUUUGUUUUAAUGUCAUGACGUGUUCAAUGUUUUAUUGUGAUUAUGCGGCCAACGCCCUUUUGUUAUCAAUUUUGUUUUGUAUAAUAUGUCCGAUAUACAAGACGUGAUAGUUUUUUUUUUGAAUAAGUAUCGUUAAUUUUUUGUAUACAUGUAUGUUCAUGAUUAAUUGUGCUAUUGAAGCAAUACGAAAUUGUAUUCGUUAAUCUCGUUGCCACUGCGGCAUAUAUUACUAUUUUGUAUCGGCCAAGUCAUUGCGACAAGAAACGGCCAUUUAUUAUUAUAAUAAAGUAUACACCUUGCCACCAUUCACGUGAGUAGUUUUAUUUGUCUGUGUGUAUUAUUACUGUGUAUUAGUCUACACCAACUCGUCAUUGAGACUUGAGACAAUGUUGGCCGAUAUUAUUCAAUUGCCCGAGAUUGGGAUUGGUGCCACAUUGAGUGCGUAAGACCGCCAGCACCCACCGGGGUGUGUGAGAGGCCCCCAAGGUCUUCAAGUCUGUCCGCCGUCGGUGGUCUCGUGAAAUCAUUUUCCACAUCGCUCAUCAUCAUCGUAAUUUUAAGUUUAGAUAUUAAGUAUUGCCCGAGCUGUGUGAGCUCGGUGGUCAUUGCACCAAACCGAUUCCGACCACCGAGACAUCCCACCCAUUAUAAAUAAACUCAUCUUCCUCAUUCCCGUGUAUAAAUUCAACUUCCUUGGUCCCUUAAUUGUAAGUAAUUUUGGUCUCUUCCUAUCGAAGUCGUUGUCGUUAUUGUGUCUUGUGUUGCCUACACCGUCAAUCUCAGGAGUCGAACAUUUGAUUGCCUAUGUCAAACAUACCAGGCGUCAUCGCCACAUCUUAGCAAGCCCAUAGGGCAACACUCGCUAUUAUUCAUCUGCUUCUGUACCUCCGACAGCAAUUUGUCCCACUGUACUCCUUCACCUUGAGAAAUCAACAUAGCUAGAAUGGUGCUGUUAGUACGCUCCACUUGUCCAUUUGCUUGCGGUCUACGUGUAGAGUUGAGAACAUGUGUAACUCCGCGUAACUCACAGUAGUCUUCAAAUCGGUGAUGUAAAUAAAACAAUGUGCACUAAAUUAGGAGCCAAUUUUUCUUCAAAAAACAUGAAGGCUUAUAUUGACCACCCUAUUACACAACAACCAAUUUAUUUAAUUUGGGAUGCAGCACACAUUAUGAAAUUAGUUGGCAACUGUUUUAGAGAAAAACAAAAAAUAUACAAUGAUAAAGGAGAAUGUAUAGAUUGGAAUUUUAUAAGAAUGCUUCAUGAAAAACAAAAUGAUCAAGGUUUACAUUUAGCUACAAAAUUGACAAACAGACAUAUACAUUACCAGAAUGAAAAAAUGAGGGUUAAGUUAGCAGUGCAAGUAUUAAGUGAAAGUGUGAGUUCAGCUUUGAAAUACCUCAAUAACACUAAUCCUGAAUAUAAUAAUGCUCUUGCAACAACUGAAUUUUGUCAAUACUUCAACAGAGCUUUUGAUAUAUUAAAUAGCUGAACUAAAUUUAGCAAGGCUCCUUAUGGUAAACCUUUAUGUUAAAAACAUUAGAGAAAUAUGGACAGUUCACAGAACAAUUCAAAUCAUAUGUAAUGAGUUUGACACUUAAAGAAAUCACUAAAAAGCAAGGUUGUGCAUUAUCCAAGGAAAUCAAUAUAGUAAAUCAUUCUAGAAAUACAGGUUUUGUUGGAUGGAUAUUAGAUUUGGAAAACUGCAUACACAUUUAUAGAACCUGUCUGUUUCUUUAAGUCUUUAUGAUUUAUGAUUUUUUUUUCUUUAUGAUUUUAAUUUAAAAUUUGAGUACUAUUAUAUUCGAAAAUAAAAGUAUAAGUAGUAAAUGCACGUGAGUUUGGAGAGUCCUCUAGUGAACUUUCAUUUUCCGGUGAAUGCUGAGUGUCAUAGAUUUUAAUGGUUAUUUCUAAUUUCAUAUUAAUUAAUGAACAAUUAUUCAUGGUUUGUACUAUAAUAUAAUAUAAGAGUAAUGACCUCAAAUACGAACUCUUUAAUAGCUGUAUAAAAAGGUAUAAUAAUAGUUUGUAAAAAUACUUAUAUGUACUACUUUUAUUAUUAGACCACCUAGACCAUUGUAUUUGUUUAUUACUGCAUGCGUCAUUAACUGACAUCUCGUCAGAACUUCCGUUAUGGCAUUUUAAAGGCUGAAAAAUAGAAACUAGUAUUAGUUGAGUAACUCGAUAACAAUUUGAUUUAUAAAAUAUAUAGUUUGUAUUGGAAAUUGGAAUACUGGAUGAAUUUUAAAUAAAUUGACUAAAAUUAUUUAAUACCUCGCCAAGGGUCAAUUGAUGAAGUCUAAUUAAGGAUACAUUAAGGGUUGGUAUAAUUUUGUUGUAAUCCUUAAUAUUGGCAAAUUUCGGGGCUAAUAUUCCUUGAUUCAUUUCAUUAUUUUUUGAAUUUUCCGCACUAGAAUAAUAAAUAAUUAUAUUUAGUAUAUUUUAGUAAAAACAAAGUUAUAAUAACUUACGUAAAGAACAUGUUAUAUAAUAUAUUAUUCAAAUGACCUAGGUAUUUCAACCAUGAGACCGCCGGAGAAAUAUGAUCAGUUGUGCAUUUUCCUUUCACCUAUUGAAAAUGUAUUCACAUUAAAAAAAUCGUAAGUUAAAAAUAAAAUUAAUAUAUGAAUAUUAUUUAUUUAUACUUACCACACUCACAGCUGAUCCAUCAGUAGGUGGAGCUUGGUAAGUAUUUUGACCUGGAUCGGCUGGAUCAAAUCCUUUUGUGGGUAAUUUGUCACCAAAUGGAUUACUCAAUUUAAAUUCUUUACCUACAAACAAAACUCCUUGAAAUUUUAUAUCGAUACAUAAAUCACCUCAUGCUUAUUAGUCCAGUGCAAUUAGACGAAAAAAGGGGUUCAGCUCGGAAAAAUUCCCACGUAGCUGAAUUUUGGUACACAUCUUUAUUACAUCGUUGUAAACAAUGUCUAAAAAGUCGACCUCGAUAUCAUGUAAGCGUUAAAGGUUAUUCGAGGUCAAAGGUCACUAAAUUGGCCUUUUUUUUAAUAUCUCGUUUUUUAUUGGUCGUACAAAAAAAAAGUUUUAGAUACAAAUUGUAGAGGAGGUAAUUAUCUAUAAAAAUGGUCUCUUGACAUUUUCACGUUAUGUUGAUAGUUUUUCCGUUAUAAGGCCAACAAUGUGUACACUUUUAAUGAAAUAUGAUUUUUUCGCUAAAAACAAGUAGCCUUUGCGUUAAUAUCUCGCUUUAUACUGUUUGUACGAUAAAAAGUCUCGAACAAAAAUUGUAGAAGAUAAAAUUCUCUACAAAAUGGUUAUAUAUAUAUAUCCAAUUGCACUUGCGGUAUACAAAUUUUAAUGUUUACCAUACAAAAUUACAAUAAUAUAAUAUAAUAUUAUAUCAUAUUAUAAUAACGAUAAUAAGAAUGCAUUCAUUUCCACACCACCAUUGAGGUAGAAGCAUGGUGCGUUUUUUUUUUCAUGGUUUCCCCGGUAGGCCUAGUCCAUGUACUCAACAAUAAUUGUUAAAUAAUUAUUAUAGGUAUCAUAGUUAUGUAAUCGUCAAAACAAAAUAAUAAAUAUUACAUUUAAAUUAUUAUUAAUCAUCAUCGCUCUCGUCUUCAUGCAUUUCUUCUUCUUCUUCUUCGUCAUUUUGAUGUUCUUCAUUUUUUUCAAAAUUAUAUAUAUUGUCUUCUUCCGUUAAAUCCGCUGACAAAACGUCAAGUGUGUCUAUAUUGUCAUCUAAAGCAUUGUCGGAACUUGAAUUAAAACACGACUGCCCACGAUAAUGUCCACAAAUAAUUGAACAUUUGAUACCAAUUUUUUUGCAACUGCAGUUAGUACCACAGCCUUUUUUACAGUUACAAAAAAUCAUAUUCACCAAUUCAUCGGGUGCGGGUGGUAACAAUGUCAUUAUAGGCUCCAAAACAUUGUUAUUCAUUAUCCACCCCCAGUUUUCCGGGUUUAAUUUGU